UAGGCCUACAAAACUCCCUUUGAAUCCACACAUCGGCAGAAGCAACAAAAGCAAGCGAAGGAGUAUAAAGCAAAGCAUAGAAAGUUCCAGAUCAGGCGGAGGUCAUUGUCGUCAUUUUGCAGCGACCCCAUAGCUGCCUGAAGCGAGAGGGUGUGAGCGAGAGAGAACACGGGUGCUUUUUAGAGAGACUUGGGGACGAGGAGAAAGAAAAAUUCCCCCCCUUUCAUUUCCUUUCCUUCAAUCUUCGAUAGCAAAACAAACAACUAACCAUACUCGAACUGGUUUUUUGCUUUACUUAUCAAUUCGGGGAAGUGGGUUAUUUUUAUUUUUAUUUUUUAUUUUUAUUAUUCUUCUUUUCUGGUGUGAGUCGAAGAAGAAAAAUAACAGAUAAUAGUGAUAAGAAUGGAGAGGACCACACCGGUGAGGAAGCCGCACACGUCCACAGCAGAUCUGCUCACUUGGUCCGAGAAUCCUCAGGCCGAUUCUCCCGCCGUUGGCUCCGCAGCUUCUCGUUCCGCCACGCGCUCGCACCAGCCGUCGGAUGGGAUCCGUAAGGUGGUAUUCGGAGGUCAGGUAACGGAUGAGGAGGUUGAGAGCUUAAACAAACGGAAACCUUGUUCAGGGUAUAAAAUGAAGGAGAUGACUGGUAGUGGCAUAUUUAAUGGAGAAAAAGAUACAGAAGAAUCUGGCGAUGCCAACUCUGCUGUGACUAACAAAACAGGAAUACGCAUGUACCAGCAAGCGAUUGCCGGAAUUAGCCAUAUCUCAUUUAGUGAGGAAGAGAGCGUUUCUCCCAAAAAGCCUACUACUUUGCCGGAGGUUGCAAAGCAGCGUGAGCUGAGUGGAACCCUGGAAAGUGAGGAUGCAAAGUUGAAGAAGCAGCUUUCUGACGCGAAGUGCAAGGAGCUUAGUGGACAUGACAUCUUUGCACCCCCUCCCGAAAUCUUACCUCGGCCAGUAACUGCUCGCACAUUGGACUUGAAAGGAAGCAUAGAAAUAGGAGAACCUGCCACACAAAAUCCUUCUGGAGGUCAGAGCAAUAUCAUGCCGGAUGAGGAACCUGCUAUGAAGACAGCGAAGAAAAUAUAUAAAGAGAAAUUUGCGGCACUGUCCGGGAAUGACAUAUUCAAGGGUGACGUUCCUCCAUCAUCCGGCGAGAAACCACUGAGUACGGCAAAAUUGCGAGAGAUCAGUGGGAAUGACAUCUUUGCGGAUGGGAAGGCAGAGUCUCGAGACUAUCUAGGUGGUGUACGCAAGCCUCCUGGGGGCGAGAGCAGCAUCGCCUUGGUUUAACUUGCUUUAGGUCUAACACUCAAGUUCUGUUACCUGGGCGUCUGGUUUUGUUUUAGUCCUAGUGCGGACGUGUUAUUAUUCUAUAUUAUUUGACCUUGCAUUCUGGGUUUCGGGAGUUGUCGUCUUAGGUUUUAACGUGUCGGCCAGAAACUAUGGACUACGUGCUAAAUUAAUUGGGUUGUAUGUCCAUAUAUUCUUGUGUUUUUUUGUUUUCUUUCUCUCUUUUGUUCUGCUUGUCUUAAUGAAGCGCUUGGGCUGUUGUUACCAGGUUAAAUUUUAUCA